AUGGCUCCGCAACUAGCGUAUGCCUGUCAUGAUCCAUUGACUGGAAUUCAUGCCGAUACCGAUCCUUACUUGGACAAAAUCGGCGGUAUUCCUGUUCUUCCGUCUCUACUAUCGAAUCCUGAGCUUUUUUCAUUUCUUGUUUGUCCAAAUCAUCACCCUUUGCUUCUCAUUGCACAACUUUGGGCAAAAUCAACCUCACAUUACGAUCGCUUUCUUUACAUCUUUGGUUGUAACAAUGUGCAUUGCUCUUCAAAUUCAUCUAGCUGGAAAGUAUUUCGGUGCAUUAGGCCGGCUGCACCUGUAGCCAAUCUUGCAUUAAAACAAGAUACUUUUAAAAAAGAAAUUCCAGCUAUACCAUCAACUCACAAGUCUUCAUUUAAUUUUGGAUCGGACUCCAUAAAUCAAUGGGAUGAUGAGAAUGAACCAGAUCCAGUAGCUACUGUUACGACGCCAGCCUUCGAGUCCAUUUCAACCACAAAAUCAGAUUCAAACCUAUUCAACUCACAGAAAGAAUCAGUAUUGGUAGAUAUGCUGGCUCUACUCAAACUACGAAACGAAAACUACAUCAAACCACAUUCAUCACAUCAAUCUCCAAUUGUAGAUGCGAAUGUACUUGAUAUGACUAUGGAGCAUACAGAUUCAAUCACGCCAUAUUGUCCAAUUCCACAAUCUAUGCAAGAUGCUGCCUUUCCUGCCUUUUCAUUAGAGUUUGAUACAGAGCCGAAUCAGUCUGAAUUGUUUGAUCAUGAACUGCGUCUACUACAGGAAUACCAAAGCACAAACCCCUCUGACGCUGCAUGUUUGGCUCGUUUUACCAACCAAAAGUCUGAUCUUUUAUCGAAAAAAAACCCUGCACGGGAUGAAAGCAGUCAUAGUUCUGCUUUGGACGAAUGGGCUGGUGAGCAAUACGAAUCUAUGGGUCUGGGAGUGGAUAAGUUAUUUAAACGAUUUCAACGCACAGUAGCCAUGGCUCCAGAGCAAUGCAUCAGAUACGAGUUUAAAGGAUCUCCAUUGUGGUACCAGAUGGAUACAGUACAAUCGCAGAUCUCAUCUAAUCACAUCCCUUUAUGCGAGAAAUGUGGAGGCAACCGAGUUUUUGAGUGUCAACUCAUGCCAAAUAUUCUUAGCAUACUUUCUGUAGAUACCCAUCAGUCAGUUGUCAAUACUACUCAUGGUUCUAAUGAAACAUCCAAAGAACUUUAUGCAAAACUUGGACUGGGAAUGGACUAUGGAUCGGUCUACAUUUUUGUAUGUGAAAAUGACUGUGAUGGUUCCAAUUCAAGUACUGAUGGUAAAAAGUAUACGCUUGUGUCUGAAUACGUAGUGGUGCAAGCCGACACCACAAUGAAGAUGUAA